AUGCCUUAUGAGGAUGCCUUCGACAUAUACACCAACGCCGAAGCUCUCGCGAACAAAACGAAGGCAAGCAAGAGACACCAAGGGGAGAGCAGCAGCGAUCCCUCUAAGAAAAAAGCCCGAACAGAGGAUCCUCCGGUGCCUCCCCCAGCGCCCACUCCUUCCAGAAAUACGACAACUCCUCCUCCUCCUCCUCCUCGUAGUAACUCCCCCCCCGAGCAGGAGAGGAGACCCUCAGCCAAUGACCCGCUGAGUAGCGACUUCAACGAUACUUAUGAGAAACUGCAAAGGCUUUCAAAGCACCGCCUUAGCCAGGAAGCCUUCUCGCAUCUUCCUCCACUACCGAACAACCAGGUCAUCAGCCGUAGACUAUCUGUCUUUUCCUGUUCGCAGGGUAUCCUAACCAUAGGACACAAUUGGCGUCGAGCCGAGGAGAGCGAGGCUAGGUUUGUUAAGGAGAUCAAGGCGAUCGAGACGAGAUACGCCAAGGAGAUGAACGCAGUCGAGGCCAAACAAGCUGAAGAGGUGAAGGCAGUUGAGGCCAGAGUUGCCGAAGAGCUUAAGGCAACUGAGGCUAGGGUUACCAACCUGAGUGAGGAGCUGAGGAGAUGCCAAGAGUCGGUGGUCAAAAUUACUGCAUUCAUGGAGAAGUUUAAGGAGGCUUCAGAGAUUAACUUCAAAGAAGCAUCCAAACUUCAAGAUGACCUAGUGAUCACCUGA